ACCAACCAUGUUCUAAAUAUGUAUGCAAAGAAACAUUCUUGUUUUUCUAUCAUAAUUAUUUUCCAAGUGUGGUGAUAAUAUUCCCUAUGCGUGUAAACUGUUCGACGAAAUGUAUGAAAGAAACACUGCUUUUGGAUUAGCGUUAAUCUUUGGCUAUGAGCACUUUACCUGUUUUUUUCUUCGUAACUGUUUAUUUCUUCAUUUUUUUUAAAUACUUUUGUGUUUUUGUGUUUGCAUUGGUUUUCCAUUUUGUUAUUUUGGUUCUUCAAAUUUUGCCUAAACCUCGUAUUAGAAGAAAACAGAAAAAGGAGAAAAUGUAACUUUCAAGGGUAUUGUAUUUGUAGCAAUCUAUGUAAAAUUUAGAACGUAUAGCAUUUGUAAAUUUUUUGAAUAAUAGAAUAUUAUUUAUAGCUUUCAAACGUUUGCUAUUAUUUUGGGACAUAAAAGAAGAUUUGGAUAAAUUAUUGUGUUUUGUUUUAGUGAAACUUAUUAAGAUUGUUGUUCUACUUUGUCCAUCUACCGAUCAAUUAUUUUCUCUUUAUUUAUUGAUUUUUGUGUUCAAUUUUAGUUCGGAUUGUUGUUGUAUGAUCAAUUUGAUAUUUAAUUGAAUUAUAUAAUGCAUAUCUUACACAAGCUAAAGGACAAAACCAUAACUGCUAGCUUUGAAACCACUUGCUGUUAACAUCUCUACAGUCUCCAUCUAAUGCUUACUCAUCUGAUUUGGGUACCAAUUAUUCAUUGUCAAUCUUUUUACUCUCAUAAGAAUACUUUAUAAUCCUAAUUAUUUCCUAUCCAAAAUUGAAGGUUCUAUUUGAAGACUCAUCGUAUCUUUUCCUCUAAUGUGUUUUCUCAAACGGAAAAUUAUGAUCAACAAGUGAUGGUAAAGUGCAGCAAGAAGUUUCUCCAUUUACAACACUCAAAUUCUUCUACACAAAACAAGCAGCCCAGCGAAAAAAGCUCAACAGUCCAUACUUGGUGAAGCUUCAAGCCAUGCUGGAAGACAAAUUCUAGUGACAUUAAAUAAGUAGACUAGCCUGAGGACAGUCUCCAUAUCCAUGCCCCCAAUUUGAAAUGUGUUGCUCAUCUCUCAUGGCUCUUAACAAUCAUUUCUCAACCAAAUGUGUUCUUUUGUCCGAUCCUCUAGUGCAACAAUCUUAUAUGGUUAUUUCCCAGAAGUUAUAUGAAGCCAUGAAAACUUGUUCAGCUCUCAGGUCCAUUCCCAUUGCUCGAAAACUCCAUGGUCAACUCAUCUCCUUAGGCUUGAACAAUUCGACUUUCCUUCAAAACCAUCUCUUGCAUAUGUACUCCAGUUGCAACUUGAUUAAUGACUCCUGCCGUGUUUUCAGUAGUAUUGAAUACCGUAAUGUUUUCAGUUGGAACACAAUGAUUAAUGCUUUGGUUAAUUCUGGUCAAAUGAGAGAAGCAGAGAAGCUGUUCGAUGAAAUGCCUGAGAGAGAUCAUAUAUCUUGGACUACCAUGAUGUCUGGCUAUUUCCAUAAUGGACAACCAGGGGAAACCAUGAAAGUUUUUGCUACAAUGAUCCGGUGUUGUGGUUCUGUUUCUGACCCAUUUUCGAUUUCUUGUGCGAUGAAGGCUUGUGGUAGUCUUGGCCUGAUCAAAUUAGCUCGCCAAUUGCAUAAUCUAGUGGAGAAAUUGGAUUUCAGAAGCAACAUGCCUAUACAGAGUUCUGUUAUUGAUAUGUACAUUAAGUGCAGUGCAGUAGUUUCUGCUGAGAAUUUUUUUUUAAGAAUUCGAACACCUAGUUUGUUUUGUUGGAAUAGUAUGAUUUAUGGUUACUCUAAACUUUAUGGGGUUGGAAGAGCCUAUAAUAUGUUCAACCAUAUGCCUGAACGAGACAAUGUAUCAUGGAACACGAUGAUUUCAAUCUUCUCUCAACAUGGUCUAGGAGCUGAGAGUCUUAGUACGUUUGUUGAGAUGUGGAACAAUGGUUUUAGGCCCAAUCCAAUGAAUUAUGCUAGUGUACUUAGUGCUUGUGCCAGCAUAUAUGAUCUUGGUUGGGGUAGCCAUUUGCAUGCUCGGAUUCUUCGUAUAGAAGAGAGUCUAGAUGUUCAUGUGGGCAGUGGUUUAAUAGACAUGUACGCAAAGUGUGGACGAUUAAACUUUGCACGGCAGGUGUUUAACAGCUUGACAGAACAUAAUGCAGUGUCGUGGACUUCUUUGAUCGGUGGAGUUGUACAGUUUGGUCUUGCAGAAGAAGCUUUGUUUCUGUUUAACCAAAUGAGAAAGGGUUCUGUUGCAGUAGAUGAUUUUACAUUGACCACAGUUCUUGGGGUUUGUUCUGGUCAUAAGUAUAUUUUUGUUGGCGAACAGCUCCAAGGAUUUACAGUCAAGGCUGGAAUGAACUACUCUGUACCCCUGGGGAAUGCUCUUGUUACAAUGUAUGUGAAGUGUGGAGAUACUUAUAAAGCAAAUAAAGCUUUUGAGCUUAUGCCAAUUAGAGAUAUAAUAUCAUGGACAACAAUGAUUACUGGAUACUCUCAGGCUGGUAAUGUUGAAAAAGCCCGAGAAUAUUUUGAUAAAAUGCCAGAUCGAAAUGUCAUCACAUGGAAUUCAAUGUUAGGCACAUAUGUUCAGAAUGGUUUUUGGGAAGAAGGUCUCAAGCUGUAUAAGUUGAUGAGAAGAAAAGGGGAAAAUCCUGAUUGGAUCACUUAUGCAACCGUUAUGAGUGCUUGUGCCAGUUUAGCAGUACUUAAACUUGGAACCCAAAUUGUUGCUCAUGCUGAAAAGUUGGGGUUUGGCUCUAAUGUCUCAGUUGCCAAUAGUUUCAUUACUAUGUAUUCAAAAUGUGGACGUGUUGAAGAUGCUCAAAAAGUUUUUGAUUCUAUAUGUGAUAAGAAUUUGAUAUCCUGGAAUGCGAUAAUGGUGGGAUAUGCUCAGAAUGGCCAUGGCAAUAAAGUGAUUGAAAUUUUUGAGGAUAUGUUGAAGACAAAUUGCAAACCAGAUCAUAUAAGCUAUGUAUCUGUACUUUCAGGUUGUAGUCAUUCUGGACUUAUAAAUGAAGGGAAGUAUUACUUCAAUUCAAUGACUAAUGAUUUUGACAUUUCCCCUACAUUAGAGCAUUAUGCUUGUAUGGUGGAUCUGUUUGGUAGAGCUGGAUUACUAGAGGAGGCCAAGAAUUUAAUUGAUGAAAUGCCCUCUAAACCAAAUGCUACUAUUUGGGGGGCUCUGCUAAGUGCUUGCCGGACCCAUCACAACUCUGAAUUAGCAGAAUUUGCAGUGAAGAAUUUGCUUGAAUUAAAUGUUAAAGACUCUGGAUGUUAUGUCCUUUUAGCCAAUAUAUAUUCAGAAUCUGGAAAACUAGAGGACUUUGCAAAUGUGAGAAAACUUAUGAGGGAGAAAACAAUUCAGAAGAAUCCAGGUCGUAGUUGGAUAGAAGUUGACAACAAGGUACAUGUGUUCUUUGUCGAUGACACUAAUCAUCCGCAAAUCACGGACAUCUAUAAAAUGCUGGAGGAGACUAUUAAGAAAAUAGAAAGUACAGGACUCUAUGUUAGUCCUACAAACGCUCUUCGUUCUCCAUGCUACCACAGUGAAAAACUUGCUGUGGCUUUUGGGCUAAUGAGCCUACCUACUUGGAUGCCAAUCCAUGUAAUGAAAAAUCUUCGAGUUUGCCGUGAUUGUCACCAGGUAAUAAAGCUCAUUUCCCUUGUAACCUCAAGGGAACUUGUAGUGCGAGAUGGAUACCGCUUCCACCACUUCAAGAAUGGAUGUUGCUCCUGUGGAGAUUUCUGGUGACCUUGAAAAUGUGUUCAUUUCUUUUAGUCUCAUUUGUGACUGUUAUUUCCCAUAUUCCUUUUUCUGCAUACAAAUGUUCAAGAGCAGAACCAUUUGAGUGUUCAUGAUACAAGCCAUAGUCUUGGACAAUGAAAGAAAAUUUUAACUGGUUAUAAUUGAGCUAGUCCAAAAUGAGAUCAGAGAAAUUUGCUUCACACCGGAUCUCUCUCCAGGUGCAUGGUGAUGAGGAUUAUGGUUCUUGUAAUGCCAAUGAUGCUGCAGGUCGAUCAAACACACACCUACAUGCUGCAAUUUCGCAGCUCACAACCUUGCUAAGUGGGCUUUGAGAACCGGUUUCGAAUGCUGCCUGGCAAUGAGCUUACUCCCAGAGGCCAGAGGGUCUUCUUAAUGACCAUGAAGCUUAUGUCUUCGCCACUUAGCUGAAGCCUUUGUUGUCUUACUGGUUUCUUGUUUGUUCUUUCUUCUGGGUCUUAGGAUACCAGUUGUCAGAAAAAAAAAAUGAUGACAGUAACAGGUCUGAGUUACUUAAUGGAGAGUCCUUAUCCAAAGAUUCUGCAUUGUGUCAUUGCAAAGUAUAUUGUGGGACACUAUAUUAUGAGACGAGUACUAAGAAAUUGAAAGUCAUUAUUGAAAGAUGACUUUCGAUGGAAUUGCAUUUGUUCAAGAAUGGUGAUAUUGGGAUUGACAAAGUGUAAACUACUCUCCAUAUUUGAAAGUUCAGUGAGUACUAUGGUAAUUUUUUUUUUUUUUUGCAUCCUUUGGAGAAUAAAGGAAGAUACUAAAUGAUUGAUGCAAUUUUUAUUUCUUCCAAGUAGGUUAGAAAGCUCACAAUUACGUGUCAGAGCGACUGACAAUCAUUUGUUUUUCAAUAACCAUGUAUAUAAACUGCUUAAAGAAUCUUGUUAUGUUUAUGAAGCCUCCUUAGAAGGAUGACCAUGUUUCUAUCUCUAGUAGUUUCUUACUUUCUCUGCUGUUGGUAGAAACAAAGGAGGGACUGCAUUAUUGGAUGAAAGAUUUACCACUAUUAGAGGGUUAUACUCAUUAAAUUAAAUCAACUAAACAUGAAGCUAGUGACAAUACUGAAUUAAGGGAUGUCAUAUUAAUUUACUUGUAAAUUGUGUUGAGUUUAUAAAUCUCUUCUCAUCUUCCUUC